GCUCCUAUAUAAUUCUCAUGUAUGUGAAUACGAAUCCAUUUUACUUUUUCUUCGUAAUCAAUCUUCUCAUUUACGAUUAACCUCUUCUGGUAUCUUUUUUGAGCGAAUACAUUUCUAUGAAAAAAAAAAAUAUCCUGUGGGAAGAAGUCUUCAUUAAUGAUUUUCCGGCCGCCAUCUUAUGGUUCUUCAAGGAUCCUUUUAUGCAUUAUGUUAGAUAUCAAGGAAAAUCUAUUCUGUCUUCGAAGGAUACCCCUCUUCUGAUGAAUAAGUGGAAAUAUUAUCUUGUCAAUUUAUGGCAAUGUCAUUCUUAUGUGUGGUCUCAACCAGGAAGGAUUUAUAUAAACCAAUUAUCCAAGCAUUCCCUUGAUUUUUUGGGUUAUUUUUCAAGUAUGCGACCAAACCUUUCGGUGGUACGGGGUCAAAUGCUAGAAAAUUCAUUUAUAAUGGAUAAUGCUAUGAAGAAGCUUGAUACAUUAGUUCCAAUUAUUCCUUUGAUUGGAUCAUUGGCUAAAGUGAAAUUUUGUAACGCAUUAGGGCAUCCUAUUAGUAAGUCCACCUGGGCAGAUUCGUCGGAUUUUGAUAUUAUCGACCGAUUUGUGCAUAUAUGCAGAAAUCUUUCUCAUUAUUACAGUGGAUCCUCAAGAAAAAAGAGUUUGUAUCGAAUAAAAUAUAUACUUCGACUUUCUUGUGUUAAAACUUUGGCUCGUAAACACAAAAGGUCAACGAAGAAGCUUACACCCGAGAUUAAUAGAAUGCUUGGUGAAGCUAAUCUUCACUAUGCAUUUGGCCAGUUUGAAGAGGCUGUACCCAUCUUGUCUGAAGUUGUAAAGAAAGCACCAGAUUUGCCUGACUUGUAUCAUACACUUGGAAUUAUCCAUGAUAAUCUUGGUAAUGAAUUGGAUGCCUUGAAUUGCUACAGAAUUGCUGCAUUUUUAGCACCAAGAGAUCCAGCUCUUUGGGAACUGCUUUUUGACCGGUUCCAUAAACGAGGUAACAGUCAUGAUGCUAUUUACUGCCUUUCAACAGCAAUAUCAGCAGAUCCUGAAAAUAUGAAUCUGAAAUUUGAUCGUGCUUCACUUUAUGUUAAGCUUGGAGAUUAUCAGAAAGCUGCUGCGUUGUAUGAACAGAUAGUACAAGCCUGUCCUGAUAAUGUCGAAGCACUCAAAACGGGAGCAAUGAUGUAUGAAAGAUGUGGUCAGCAAGAGCGUUCUAUACAGAUUCUGGAGGACUAUCUCAGAAAUCAUCCAACUGAAGCUGAUCUUAGCGUCGUUAAUCUGCUGGCUUCCAUACUUAUGGAAGAUAAUUCACAAAAGGAAGCCCUUCAGCAUACUGAGCAUGUACAACUGGUAUUCUGUUCAGAAAAAGAGAUGCCUCUGGCAAUGACAAUUGCAGCAGGAAUAUGCCAUGCUUACCUCGGAAAUAUGGAGAAGGCAGAAAGUAUUUUUAGCGCUCUUGAUGAGAAGAGUGUAGAUAAUGCUGACUUGAUUGCUAAAGUUGCAAAGUCAUAUAUGAGUCUUGGGCAUCAUAGUUCUGCGUUGAAGUAUUAUUUGAUGUUGAAAGGAAAUGUUGAAUUUAAUAAUGGCUUUAUAAUUAUGAAAAUCGCUCAGUGUCAUUUGUCCUUGAAUGACAGAGUACGGGCGAUUUUGUGCUUCUACAAAGCUUUGAAGACACUUGAAGAUGAUAUUGAGGCCCGAUUAACAUUGGCUUCUAUUCUUGUUGAAGAAGUCAGGGAAGAUGAAGCCAUUUUGUUGCUAUCUCCUCCGAAAAAUCGAGGUUAUAUGGAGCCCUAAAAAGAUAAAUCAGAACCAUGGUGGUGCAAUGGAAAGGUGAAACUGAAGCUUUGCAACAUUUACCGAGCUAAGCGGAUGGCCAAGGAAUUUGUAGAUACAAUCUAUCAUCUCGUACAUGAGUCACUGAGCAUCGAAUCACUUCAGCAAAAGGUGAAAGUGAAAAGAAGGCUCGCAAAAACUGUCCCGUUAGAAAGAGUCAAAGUCCUGGAGGAUCACCAAAAACAGAACCUAUUGUGCAGAUCUAGACCUGUAGCUCCUGCUUCAGAUCUGCUGAAAGCUGCAAGAGCGAAGAAGUUGCUUCAGAAGAAGGCAAAAGUAAAGGACGAUAAGAGAGCUGAGGCAAUGGCUUCUGGAGUUGACUGGCAAAGUGAUGAUUCAGAUGAUGAUCCUCCGGAAGAAAUACAUAAAGAACCUCCCCUGCCAGAUCUUCUCAAGGACAAAGAGCAUAACGGCCUCGUAAUAGAUUUGUGUAAGUCAUUGGCUUCCUUGCAAAGAUAUUGCGAAGCAUUGGAGAUAAUAAAUCUUUUUUUGAAAGUGACUCGCAACACGUCUUCUGUCACAGAGGAACUCCGGUCUCUUGGAGCUCAAAUUGCAUACAACACUCCUGAUCCUGAGCAUGGAGUUAACUGUGUAAAAUACAUUGUGGACCAGCAUCCAUACAGCAAUGCUGCCUGGAAUUGCUAUUACAAGGUAAUUACCAGAUUAGAUGACUGGUAUGCAAGGCAUUACAAGUUUCUACGCAAUAAGAGAGACAAACUCAGAGACUGUGCACCUCCCAGUCUCAUUUCUGGGCAUCAUUUUACUAAAAAAAGCCGUCAUCUAGAUGCUGCGAGGGAAUACCUUGAAGCUUAUAAAUUAUUGCCGGAGAAUCCCCUGAUUAAUCUAUGUGUCGGUACUGCCUUAAUCAACUUAUCCCUCGGACAUAGACUUCAGAAUAGGCACCAGUGUGUUGCACAAGGAUUAGCAUUCCUCCACAACAAUUUGCAGCUUUGUGAAUUCAGCCAGGAGGCUUUUUACAACAUAGCCAGGGCGUAUCAUCAGGUCGGCCUUGUGACUCUGGCAGCUUGACAUUAUGACAAGGUUCUUGCAAUGCAAGUGAAGGAUUACCCCAUGCCAAAGCUUCCCCAUGAAAAGCCAGAGUCUGCUGAAAAUCGAAAACCGGGUUACUGUGAUCUUAUAAGAGAAGCAGCUUAUAAUUUGCAUCUCAUCUACAAAAAGAGUGGAGCGGUUGAUCUUGCUCAAACCAUCUAAGAGAUCACUGCACUUUCUGAAAUUAUGUUCCUGAUCUCAGAUAUUGCGACUGUUUAGAUGAGAGGGAGGCUUCCUACUCCCUAGUUGAUCUCUCUGGUUCUCAAAUACCUAUUAUUGUUCAUAGCAACAUUCUGUGGCCUAAUCCUCGGAGAAAAGCGAGGGAAACGCUAAAAAUAGAAAGGUUCGUGAUCCACUAAGCAAUUUGUACAUGACAUUAUUGCAAAUCCAAUGUUAAAUCCCCUACUUCGCAGUCCGUCUCCUCCUCAAGUAUAUGAUAAUAUGAUAUGCAUACACACAAAUGUUGCACUUGAUCAAAGUAUUUUAAUAUAUUACAACCUGA